CGGAGUUGUCAUUUCGAGCCAGCCAGUGAUUCUCGCCGUUUCACAGCCAAGUCCGGUCGCAGAAAUAUUGACACUUUGUAAACUUGAGUGACUGAAAAGCGAACGUUUCGAAUUGUCCGCUCAUCAUGGCGUUUAUGUCCGAGUUCUUUGCCAUUGUGGUUGCCGUUUUAUCGAUGAGGGCCCUCUCUGAUUCAGAUUUCUGCCCCUCUCGGUCCCCUGUCAAAUGCUCUUGUCCGCCAGAGUGGCAACUGUGGGGGAGCGCGUGCUAUCGCCUCACUUCCUCAAAGUAUAAUUGGGAUGACGCCAAGACAGCUUGCCAAGACGUGGGAGGCAAGAUGGCCGCUCCUCGCUCGCUCGAGGAACUGAACUUCAUGGCAGAACUGGCACGAAAGGUGGACAGUCAAUACAGGGCCUGGAUUGCUUGCAAUGACAGAGAUGUUGAAGGAACUUGGGAGUGUGACGGUCAGGAAGGAGGCGAGCCCUUCUUGGUAUGGGAUGAUGGGCAACCAGAUAGUUGGCAAGGCGAACAACAAGAUUGUGCUCAAAUAACCGCAUGGCACAAUCACAAGAUGGAUGAUGAUCGCUGUGAUAACUAUAAAUGGGCAUUUUGUGUUCGUCAGGCAGCUUGCACUCAUCUCCCAACCCAACCCCGUCAAUACUGCCUCUCUACCGACACCCACGGCCGCAUUUUCAACUCAACCUGCCUCCUCGACCACAACUUUCGGGAGUUUAUCACCGAGGGCGUGGUCGCCUGUGGCUCAGCCUGCGCCAAGGAGCCCGGAUGCCGCUCCUUCAACAUCAAGAAAACCGAAGGAGGGAAGAAGAUAUGCCAGCUGAACAACAGCACAAGCUCCGAAGAUAAGGAUAAGUUUCAGAAGACUGAUUAUUUCUGCAUGUACUCAGAGGUGUGCCUUGGCUAGUCAUGACAAUAAUGGAACAAUUUCAAAGAUGCACUCUGCGAA